AACGGCUUUGGCUUGUGGUUUCAUUGUGUCUGGCCUGACUGUGCACAGCUGCACACACCAGACACUUGUAAUCCCCACCGGUACUUUAGGAAUACUGCACGCACAACUUCUGGCCAGAGGGGCACCCUCCUGAGAGUAAUUGGAGGAAAAGAUUAAGGAUGCAGUCCUCUUGGAUUCUUUGUGGAGCUCUGGCACUCUUUGGGGGAGCUAUUCUUGGAUCAGCUUUCUAUGGGCUUGAGGAAGCCGAAGAGAAAGUUCUGGUGGACAACAAGUGUCAAUGUGUCAAGAUGACAUCGAGAUUUGUCCCUUCAAAAGACAAUCCAGAAGAAGAAGUUUUGGAAAGGAACAUUCGUAUCUUCGUCCCUCUUAAAGCCAGAGAGAACAUCACUGACCCGACCUCGCCUUUGAGAACCAGAUUUGUGUAUAACUUCUCCAAGCUCUGUAAUAGGUGCGACUCAGACCUCAACCAGGGGCACAAUCUACAGAAAGUCGUAAUGGGAGAGAGCACUAUGUGCAACGAUCCAGAUACACCUUGCUACACCUUCGACAGGAAUAAAUGCUACACCGCGUCAUGCCUCUUCUCCAGCGGUGGAAAAGUGGAGUCCAUUAUGACCGCCUUGACUCCUGAAUCAUGCUAUGACGAUUAGAAGGGACGGAAGCCGUGUUGUAGGGCCUCGUGGGGCAGAUCAGCUCCUUACAACUUUAGAUCGGCUAAGCCCCAUGAUUCUGAGAACUGUGAUCUGGUGAGGGGGCUGAGAACUCAUUCUCCUAAGCAACCCUCAAAUAACUGCCAAUCACACGGGCAAUUUUAAAUCAGUGGAAUCGUCAUAUCCAUAUUCUCCUCUAUGCUUAAAGUAAAAAAUAUUCUCUAUCUGCAUCAGCAGAAUGCUGUUCUAUUGUCUCUUUUACUUUUUGAACUGUUCCUUUCUCCUCAUCUCCAUUCUCUACCACUUCUUCCUAGCACAACCGGGCAAUAAAAAUUAUGCUUCAUUAA